GAACCUCUUAUUCAUCUUACUUGCAAAAGUUGGUUUAAAACCCUGGUAUACACUUGCACCACGAGAGCUUUUAGUUAUAAAUUUCAAAUAUCCCCAACACUAAAAUAUGGAAUCAACUCCUCCACUCGAGUCCAUCUGCAACAAAUUUCCAGCAAAACUCCACCAAUUAGAGGAAAGAAAUAAGCCAUCUGAAGAGUCUUUGAACACCACUUGCCGCAAAGAUUGCCAACUGCCCCUCAUUGAUUUCAGCAAUCUAGACCAUAAGGACUACAGAAAUAUUGAAACAUGCAAGAGAAGAAUUUCUGAUGCUGCAAAAGAGUGGGGAUUUUUUCAGAUUAUCAAUCAUGGAAUCUCUACAGAGGUUUUGAUAAGAAUGCAAAGUGAACAAAGGAAACUUUUCGACAAACCAUUUGAAGAAAAGGCUAAUCACAAGAUUUCUAGCUCAUCUCCCAGCUGUUAUCGUUGGGGAAAUCCAACUGCAAUGUCUCUGCAAGACUUCUCCUGGUCAGAAGCGUUCCAAUUGCCUCUAUGUGACAUCUCUUCAUUAAGCUCCAGUGGAGUACUCCAGGAGUUUUCGGAACAAGUGAGCAAGAUUGCAAAGAGAAUAGCAGAGACAUUAGCAGAGAGCCUUGGUUGCAAUUCGACUUUGUUUGCAGAAAAUUACGGGGAAAAUUCAAGUUAUGUCCGGUUAAAUAGAUAUCCGCCAUGUCCAAAUUUUCGAAAAGCCUAUGGAUUAGUACCACAUACGGACAGUGACUUCCUAACAGUACUGUACCAAGAUCAGUUAGGAGGGCUGCAAUUGCUUAAAAAUGGAGAGUGGAUCAGUGUCAACCCUAAUCAAGAUGCUUUGAUUGUUAACGUCGGGGAUUUGUUUGAGGCGUGGAGCAAUGGUGUUUACAAAAGUAUCACACACAAAGUGGUGACCAAUCCUGCAGCAGAAAGACUCUCAAUAGCCUACUUCUUGUGCCCUACAUAUGAGACGGUGAUACAGAGUUACUGUAAACCUUCUUUAUACAGGGAAUUCAGUUUUGGCGAGUACCGAAAACAAAUUCAAAAGGAUGUCGAAUCUACCAGAAUCAAGUUUGGACUCUCCAGGUUCCUGAAAUAAACAAAAAUCAUAUAACUUAAUAAAGUGCUUGGAAAAGAAGUAGAAGUUGUAAUAGAGAAACUAAACAUUCUCAACUUCUCGAAAGUGCUUCUACUUAUUUAUACAAACGGAUCAAGAAAAAUAAAGACCAGAAGCAGAAACCAUUUCUUGUAAACAAAUAGGCCCAUUAUGUACAAAGUUUAA